UAAAGACCACUGUUCUUCACUCCAUAUUUAUAAGCCCUUCUCAGAGAGCAUUCAAGCACUCAAGCUAACAACAAUCCUUUCUCAUCUCUUCUACUAAUUAGCUCACCAAUGGCUGCCUCAACAAUGGCUCUUUCUUCUCCUUCUUUUGCAGGCAAGGCUGUGCAAGUAGCUCCAUCCUCAUCUGAGCUCUUUGGCAAUGGAAGAGUUUCCAUGAGGAAGACUGUCAAGAAAGUCACUGUCUCAGACAGCCCAUGGUACGGCCCAGACAGAGUCAAGUACUUGGGCCCAUUCUCCGGUGAAGCCCCAUCUUACCUGACUGGUGAAUUCCCUGGUGACUAUGGCUGGGACACAGCUGGACUCUCUGCUGAUCCCGAGACCUUCGCCAAGAAUCGUGAGCUUGAAGUCAUUCACUCCAGAUGGGCUAUGCUUGGAGCCCUUGGAUGUGUUUUCCCCGAGCUCUUGGCCCGAAAUGGUGUCAAGUUUGGGGAAGCUGUGUGGUUCAAGGCUGGCUCACAGAUUUUCAGUGAGGGAGGGCUUGACUACUUGGGCAACCCGAGCUUGGUCCAUGCACAGAGCAUCUUGGCCAUCUGGGCUACCCAGGUAAUUCUCAUGGGUGCUGUGGAGGGCUACCGUGUUGCAGGAGGGCCACUAGGUGAGAUUGUUGACCCGCUUUACCCCGGAGGAAGCUUCGACCCAUUAGGCCUUGCGGAAGACCCUGAAGCAUUUGCUGAGCUUAAGGUGAAGGAGCUCAAGAAUGGAAGACUUGCCAUGUUUUCGAUGUUCGGGUUCUUUGUCCAGGCCAUUGUGACUGGAAAGGGUCCAUUGGAGAACCUUGCUGACCACCUUGCUGAUCCAGUUAACAACAAUGCCUGGGCAUUCGCCACCAACUUUGUUCCCGGAAAAUGAGAAGUGCAAUUUUUAGUUUCUAAAUCAUUAUGAGAGAGCUGGAUUAUGUAAAUACAAGCAAUUAAAUUCUACUGAAUGCCAAAUUUUAUGUCAUUUUGUCA